GACAGGCAAUCCACUUUCACUUUGAGCAGAGCCCGAGUCUGCAAGGAUCCACGGAGUGACCAGAGGCAGGGAGGAGGGGUCCAGCGUCUGCGCCACCUUUAUUCAUUACCCAAGCAACAGAGGACUAGUUCACAUUUAGGAAAAUCCUGGGCCAACAGCACAACGAGGGAACGAAGGAGGACAAAAUAGAGAAAGUAGGAGAAGAAAAAAGAAAAGUCUUUGCAGGGACUAGUGGGAAAACCCAAAGUGACGGCGAUCAUGGUGGCAUGAGUUGAUGCAUAAGGCUUCACUUGGAAAGUACCAAAGGAAACCAUAAAAGCAAAAUGCUUUAGAGAUGUGAACAUCAAGUGGGGGGGGGGAAAGAAGAGGCAGACGUGUGCUUCUGUCAGAAACCUGAGCAAACCACAGAGGAGGAAACUUUGCCUUUAACGGACCGACACAAGACACCCGUCUGCAGAGGGACUGCACUUAACAAGAGAAAUGGAGAACUGUCAUUUCUUAGAAAGAUAAAAGGAUGUCACUAUCAGUUUUACUGUUGCUAUCACUUUUGACGGUCCAAUGCGGUGGAUGUGACUUUGACCAGAUUAGUGUGGAAAACAUAAAGGCGACAAUCGAUUCUAAUCCAACUGGAUUUCGAACAGUGUUUCCUAGAGAUUACUAUGUGCAGCACCAUUACAACAGAAGCAUGCUCUGUGAAACCAAUCCAUGCUGUGUUUUCCCUGCUGCAGUGGUCCUCCAAGACUCCUGGGCUGAGCUUUUACCUAAUCUCUGGGAGGAGCAUGUAAAUUACUCCUUAAUUGUUGAACUAAUGGACACACUAAACACAAUUAUCAAAAAAAAUGGAAACGCACAGCUGUUCCAGGAGGAAACAGAUCUCGCCCAGUUCUCCACAGUAUGGUCCUCUCCAGAGGAACUCCUCAACCUAACGUCAGAACUUUUCACUCAGUGGCUCAAAGUCGCCUGCUCCCCUUCUGUAGAAACGUGCCCAAUGCCCACAUUACCCCCCUCUGUUGAGAAGAAGAACGACAGGCCUCCACGGUCCAGACUCUUGACCACCCGGGCCGUCAACAACGCGGAAAAGAGGAUGAGCGUUCCAAAUGCAUCAUUUAAAGGACUUUCCUUGCCUGUAUACGACUUCUCCUCUGUCUGGAGCCUUCUGCUUUUUAGACUCUAUUGGUGGUUGCUGCCACAGUAACUUUAUUCAUUUUUAAUGACGCACAGAAAAUGCAAAACAUUUCUUGGCACUGAAUGAUUGUCUUCUUUGUGUUUUUGAGCUUUGUAAGUGGGAAAUUGAAGUGCGCAGGUUGCAUUUAAUGUCCAAAGUUUUUUUUUUUUUUGUUCACUGUUCAACAGUGCUUUUUCACAAAAAAAUGGAAUCCUUUAGCCUCUUAAGUACGCCUCAAGAUCCUUCUAACUGUGCAUUUAAUGUUAACAGAACAUAAAUAUGAAGCUUGCCAGUGCAUAAGCCAUUCUCUAUGUGGAUUUCAUCUGUUUACAAUGAUUAAGUAAAUGUAUGAUCUUACCGUCUGCCGCUGUUUACUUAUGUACAUAACUGUAAAUGAAGCUCAUUUAGAUAUUUGCCAAGUUUGGAUUAGGGAUUUUUCUUCCAGGUGUAUCCAGAAUAUUGUAAACUGUAUUUAUUAUUGUGGGUUUUUUUGUGCUAUUGAUGGAAAGUUGACUAAAUUGAUUUUUUUACGGAUUGAAACGUCUGAAGACACACAGAGGGCAAUGUUGCACCUUCUCACUAUUUAUCAUACAAUAGAGAGUUAAUUUACAGGUGUGAUGCAGAUAUGAUGCACUAUGAAAAAGGUGAAGUUCUGGACCGCAUGUAUCAUGUAUCAAGGUUACUAACCAUAACAACAAAAUAGUAAAGCAAUUACUGGAAGCAUUUUUUCUGCUUUAAGUGCUUUUACUUUAGACUGAUUUUACUGAAAGCAAUAACUGAAGAAAAGCAUGAUCAUUUUACAUCUUGCUGCUUUUGUUUUUAUCCUCCCUGGGAAUACUCGGAUGUCAUCUUUGGCUUUGUUUGCAUUAAAAGAUUUGCUUCUGAUCUUACGUUCAAACAGUGGAAGUGCAUGUAUUUUCUUUCAACCUUUGCAAAUUCACUAAAGGUCGUCUUAUCUUUUGUGUAACAGAUAAACCGGACUGUCAGAAGAGUUCCAGACAAUCGAGCAAAUUUGGGCUCGCUGCGAAAUUAAUCUAGUCUCCUAUUUCAUAAGGACUGAUGUGCACUUUUUUUUUUGCGCUUGCCUCUGCUUGUCACACCCAUGUAUGCAAUGCAGGCUUUUGUCCUCUUAGACUUCAAGUAGUUUCAUAACACCUUUUUAUGUAUAUGUUUGGUUUGCAAAUAUCACCAGGGAAACAGAUUUGAUACUUUAUGAAGAUGUGGUUUAUGCAAUCAAAAAAAGACGGCUCAGACACAUUUUUUGUCAUUUAAUGGUUGGGGUUUAUUUUUAUUUUAUUUUUUUUGCUUUACUUUUUAUGGAUAAAAUUUAUUUUAAUGAUCAAAUUGAUUAACAUGAUAAAUAAACAUGAUAAAAUCGUG